AUGUCAAAAGAAGUUUUCUAGUCAACGUCAGUUUUUGUGCACUUACGUUGAUUUUUUUUUCAUUUUCGGCCAAUGAUGUUUUUAUCUUCGCUUCCUAGUUCUGCUAAUUCACUACUUUGGAAGUGAUAGUGAUUAACAUUGAAUAUAUUGCGAGAAAAUACACGUCACAAAGCUUAUUGGAUUGAUAGCAAGACACGGGAUAUACGAAUGUUUUGGACUUUCUGGCGCUGGCGGAGGUGGUGCAGAUAUUUAGUGCAAAAUUAAAAUCGGGGAAGCGGUAUGUCAAAUGCUUUUACUUAGCGUUCAUAAGCCAAGCUUUGACCUUUGCAACGACGGAGAUCUGGUCUUUAGAAUAGUACGCAAAAAAGAAUUAUCAUAGAAAUAAUACAAUUAAAAUAACGGCAGCACAAAAAUCGUACAGGUGCAACUGGUGUCAUCUUCGCUGCUAAUGCAAGGAUAAAUGUCUUUUGGAAAAUUGGUGGGUUUUUGAUAAACAAUUGAUAAAAGACUCUGUCAACAUGGCAUUCCAAUCGGUUGUACGAUUCUAUAUGGAGAUACCGACGGUGACGCGCAUCUAUACGACGGCAUGUGUGCUAACGACGCUGGCAGUUCACUUAGAUCUGGUGUCUCCGCUACAGUUAUAUUUCAAUCCUACGCUUAUACUAUGGAAAUUACAAGUGUGGCGUCUUGCCACAACAUUCCUAUUUUUCGGCUCAGUUGGUAUUAGUUUCUUCUUCAACAUGGUUUUUACUUAUCGUUAUUGCCGUAUGCUUGAAGAGAGUUUCUUCCGCGACCGUACAGCAGAUUUCGUCAUGAUGUUUUUGUUUGGUGGUGGGCUAAUGGUUUUCUUUGGGCUUUUCGUGAACCUACUUUUCCUUGGGCAAGCAUUCACUUUAAUGUUAGUUUAUGUAUGGUCACGCCGUAAUCCUUUUGUGCGCAUGAAUUUCUUUGGAGUGCUAAAUUUUCAGGCGCCGUACUUGCCAUGGGUGCUAAUGUGUUGUUCAAUGAUACUGGGCAACACUAUUUGGGUGGAUGUUGUUGGAAUGGGUGUAGGUCAUAUAUAUUAUUUUCUUGAAGAUGUGUUUCCCUUUCAAGCGAACGGUUAUAGAAUCUUAAAAACGCCGCAUUUCUUAAAAGUGUUAUUUAAUGAGCACGUUGAUAAUAACAACCCCCCGUGGGUUGGUGACCGUCCAGGUGGUUUUCAUUGGGGCGCGGAUGAGGCAGAGAACUUGGGCGCUCAAGCGCCGAACAUUGGUGCGGGUGAUGGCAACGAUGCUAAUCAACAGCGGUAAACAAUUUUUUUAGGUUUGAAUUUCUACCAUACAACGUACUGAAAGAAAUGCACAUACAUACUUCACAAAAAUGCAGAUGGAAAUAGGGCAUGUCUUAGCACAUAUACUAAAUAUAAGUAAACAAAUAGUGAAAAGGCAAUAAAUAAACCAACUGCUUAGAAUUUGAA